CCAUCAGGAGAAGAGCUCGACAGAGACGAAAAGCAAUUAUAUCGAGUAGCAAGAAAAUAUUUCGAAAGAACUGAAUUGGAAAACUGGAGUGUUCAUCAAUUUUUAGAGUUUAUAGAAAGAAAAGGUGGCAAUAAUUUUUCACUAUCAGUCCAAAAAGAAAUUUUCAUCCUGUGGUUAGAAACUUAUUUACGAGAAGAAGUUAUUACCGCUAGCAAAUAUUUGAAUCUUCUUAAUGAAGCAAGAUCUAAAGACAUUGAACAUCUAUAUUAA